AUGGCCGGCGUCAAGCGCAAGCUGGACCACGAUCCAGCGCCCAACGCGCCCGACCCGGACCUCCAUCCGUCCCAAGCAUCCUCGCCAGCGGCUUCUGCGACGCCAGAAAGGGAUUCCAACGCCGUCACCAAGGCUGUUCGUGGUGCUCGUGUCCGGCCCAAAGCUGCCGCUGUCACUGCCACUACUGCCACCACCGCUGCUGCUGCUGCUGCUACCACCACCAGCACCCCCAGCAGCGCUGCCAGCUCGCAGCCGCAGUCGCCCGCAAAGAAACGGCGCCGCACCCGCGAUGAGAUCCUGGCGGAGCAGUUCGAUGAGCUGCCCGGGCCCCGGACCACUCGCCAGUCCGCAAGGAUCCUCUCCCAGCGACGUGCCACCGACCCCGCGCCCAAUGUGGCCUUCGGCGCUGGCUCUCUGCCCAAGGCCGCCUCCAUGGAGCCCGGUGUGCCUGGUGUGGCCUCCUUUGAUACCUCGCACGAGUCCUUGUCCUUUGAUCUCGGCGCCGGCCUCCUCCUUGGCCCAACUUCUGCUGCUCCUACCGCCGCAACUACUAGUGCUCCUACCGACCUCGAGAACAGCCUGCAGGCUGUCGACAACAACGACGCCAGUGGAGAAUCGAGCUCUGCGAAGCCCAAACGCCGCCGCAGGCUGUCUGAUCGCAAACGCGCACGAUCGGCCGCACGGGACGACCUCGACUCGCCAGGCCCCGGCGUCGAGACCCCAACGACGUCGCCGAUCAAAACCCCCAAGCGAGAGCACUCGGACGACUCCGACGCGCAGGACGACACUCCUUCCGCGGCCGCCUCGAGAUCCGUGCCUGCGCUGACCCUGGCCACCGAUCUGCCCGCCUCGCAGUCCACCGAUGUCGAGACUCCCGACGGCGGCGGCGGCGGCGGCGGCGCGGGCCGCCCAGCGUCCGCCCUCUCCAUGUCUCCACCCGCAACGCAGUCCGAGGCCGCAGAGCUCUCCGCCAGCACGAUUCCGGCCGCGGGCGGCAGGACUCGCGCCGCUGGGGGCCGGCCCCGCGGCAAAGGCAAGGCGCGAAAGCCCCCCCUCAACCGCAAGGCGGCCGCUGCGGCCGGCAAGGCUGCUGCGCCCAGGAUGCAUGCGUAUGAUAGGAAUUUGUCGCCCUCGGCCAGUGCGGCGGUAAAGAAGCUGAGAGACCGGCAGCGGGAGCUCCAGGGCGCGUUUCGGCGAGUGUCGUCGGCCCAGCGCGCGGCUCUGCUGGUGCUUGCGAACAGGUCGGAAUCGCGCUUGGCGAAAGAUCCCAAGGCGCAUAUGAGUACGCCGUUGUACCAGGAGGUGUUGGAUGGUCUGGAGGCGCGUUUGGAAAAGCAGAAGGCUCUGAUCAACCGAGAGUAUGAUCUGAAGGUUCAAUGUGAGAAGCAGUAUCUGGAGGCAGCGCAGUACUGGAUCAAUUCUGGCUUUGAGGAAAAGGUUGAGUCUGUGCGAGAUGAGCAUAUUCUUGCUGCGCAAGGUAGCUUUUUGCAGUAUCUCGACCAGUGUCGUCAGGCUGGAGAUGACGACCACACAGAGACGGAGGAAUCUGAUACGGAGAAUUGGAGAACCAACCGCAAGGUUUCACACCAGUCUGUCCGUGGGUUUGACGGCUCGUAUAUUCGACGGCCCAGCGGUGCCAGUCUGUAUGACCGUGCCGACAGCGGCUGGGACGAUUUCAUCCAGAGAGCGCGAAUUGGCGGCGAUAUUUUCGCGCUGCUGAAGGACAUGGACCAGGAGGCGCGGCGCGACAAGGAGGAAAAGAAGAGGCUGCGUCAGGAGGCGAAGAAGAAGAAUAGAGAAGCUGCAGCAGAGGAGAGCGAGGUUUCUGACAGCGAUAUCGUGCCAGAGCCAGUCCAUUCUCGGCAACGGUUUAAGCGGCUGAUUUCUGCGCUGGCAGAUGCGUGCCAGCUUGCAGAGGCCGGCGGCAGCGACGAGAAGGAGGAGGAGGAGGAGGAGGAGGAGAUCAAAGCUACGGAAGAGCCAAAUCCGCCAGCAUACGCCUUGAAUGCUCUCGCGGAUAUCGCGCUUCAGUCGCCAACCAGCAUCCAGUCUUCUGUUACUUCCGCUCCUUUUGCUCCCCCCAUGGAACCUGUUGCUACAACUGCUGCUGCUGCUGCUGUCGCUCCACCGCCCGAACCAGCUCCCCAGCCUCCGCCAGUGUAUCUACCAGCGCCCACACAGCACCAAUAUGCCGGCCUACCGGCGCCGCGUGGACAUCCACGCCCUCUCCUGCCACAGCCCACCCAUGGCCAGAUCCUGCCCGCGCCUCCCAGCCCGCAGAAGCUCUACCAGCAUCACCAAUAUGCACCUCCCGAACUGCCACCGCCGCUCGCUCCUCCGCCCAUGCGCGCAUCCUACCCCAGCAUGCCGCGACCACUGCUCCCCGCCAGCCGUCCUCCGCCUCCAGACCUCCCGCCUAUCCGGCAGAAGCUCAGCGAGGCGCUCAGACUGCCGGACCCAUUCUCCUCCGCGCCACCGCACUUACCUGCUCCCGCUGGCCUGCGCUACUCCACCGGCGGACCACCCCCUCCUCCGCCCCCCCCUCCUCCUCCUCACCACGCCCACCCUCACGUCCGCCGCGCCUCCCAGCCCGCUCCCUACGCCGCCGCUCCCCUUCCGCCGCCAUACCUGCCCGGACCCCCUCCGCCGUCGUCCGCACAGCAACCUCCGCCGGGAUAUGCGCAUCCCGUCGAGCUCCCUCUGCCGGGAACUCUGUACCAGCCGCAGAGCAUCUACCCACCGCCGUACUACUCGCCCUACCACCACCCGCACCCGGCGGCGGCGCCCCCGAGACCGCACCAGUCGGUAUUUGGCCGCGACGCCUUGCAGCUGGGCCACCCGCCGCGCGGCGCACUCCAUCCGCAGAUGCAUCCGCCGCCACCGCCGCCGCGGUACUGA